GAAAAGUUGGUUAGAGGAGUCCAUACCCAUAACAGGCUAACUUGUAGUCGUGAACUCCUUAGGGUACCUAAGCAUCGUACAACCUUAUUUCAAUGUUUUUUACGUACCAGGCCUCAAAAUGUAUGUAAUAGCGAGGAUGUGUCUUAAGAAAAGUCCAGGUCCACUUUUCCUUUAGAUAGACAUUUUAACUAAACGGUUUGAUCAGUAGGUAAAAGCAAGUAAAAGUCAAAGAAUAGCAUUUUCCAUAAAAAAAUCACAGCUGCCCACAGGCUUCGCUUGCAAUGUACCAAUUUCACUCAAAAUUAUGAUGCAGUGGUCAAAAAAACUGAACUAUACACACAUUUUUUGCACUGAUGUGUUGUGCCCAUAAAAGUGAGAGGAUAACCAUUGACCUGUAGUUGAUUUUCAUUUCGGGCAUUUCGCGGCGAAUUUUAAGAGAAGAUAUCUGUCAAAUCAAGAACAUAGCCUCAAAGGACACGUCAACAUUUUUGUUUAGCAAUUUGUGCAAUUGAUGUAAGGAUUGUUUCAUUUGUUAAAAAGCGGCUUUAAUUAAACACGCUGGCCUCGUCGAAAAUGCGAAGAGCGCACGCUGGAAAUUAUUAUGAACCGUUACCGCAGAGUUCUAAUGAAAUCGAAGGCGAAAAUGAACGGAUGGAACAGGAACUCGCAGAAAAAAUCGGAGUGCUCAAAUCUUUAAGCAUAGAUAUUGGCAAUGAAGUGAAGUAUCAAGACAAACUCCUAAGGGACGUCGAUGAUGAUCUGGAUCGGACUGGCGGGUUUCUCGGGAAAACGAUGAACCGAGUGAAAAAGCUGUCCAGAGGAUCUCACAAUUAUAUAGUUUUAUAUUUGUUUAUUUUUUCGUUUGUUGUGUUUUUUAUAUUGUACCUGGUCCUGAAAUUUAGGUAGUUUCUAUAAAAUUAAAUGGUUAACUUCCAAUAUCUGUAUAACCUAAUUUAUUGUUUUGUAAUUGAAAAUGCCUUAUUAAUAAAGUUGUUAGAUAUAUUUUUUUAAAUGGAAGGGUGUGCUGUACAUUAAAAAAACUCUUAAAAUGAAACAAUUCUCGAAACAAUAUAGCGAGAUGGGCCAAAUUUACCCAACAAAUAUUAGGCUUUUGAGCUACUGAAUUUAACAGGACUUUUCACCCAAGCAAUUCAUUAAUAGUUUAAUGAGAUGUAAUUUAGAAACAACGUUGAACAUUUGGAGUUAAGGUAGGUUCCAAGUGUCAUCCAUGAAACCAUCUCGUUAGUUUACCGUCCACAAAAUUGUGUUGGUGCAAUUUGCACUUCGCAGAAGAUCACGUUUUAAAUUCGAUUACAAAACAAUUUUUUAUAAAUAAAAUAUAUUAUACAAUAAAAUUUAAGUGGCGUCAAAUCGAUGGACCGCGGAUGUUUAUCAUCUAAUUGAUACCAGAGUUUAACGCUCACCGCUAAGGAUUUUUUCUCUAAAGCUGGUAACGGUUUCUCGUAGAAUAUUUAUCGCCAUUUAAAUUUUCGUUAUAAAUAAAAUGCACCCUUUUCAUUUAAAAUGCAAAAGGUUGCCUAACCAAUUCGAAACAAAUUUCCUGCAAUAUUAAAAAAAUUAAACCAAGAAAAAAUUAUCAAAGACAGUCGUGUCUUAUUCUAUGGCCAACUCACAGAUUAUUCGGACAGUCUUUCCGGUGAAUUGUGACUUCCCUUAAGUCAAGUGCCUUAUUUAAAAAGGACUGGAGGCCAGGCCAGACCGUUUUGCCCUUUGUAAUUUUUGCAGAGCUUUUUAUUUGAAGGUAGGUCGAAUAAAAAUGUUUAUUUGAUAAUUUAAUUGCAAAAUAAUUACAGUCCCAGAAAAUGAGUGGGUCAUAGUAGACAAAACAAAAGGGUCCCCUGUAUUUUUACAAGCUGUCAUACGUAUUCCAAAACUCGUACUUACUGCUAGAGCUCGGCGGACACGAUGCCAUUAACCGUAUAUGCAAGAGAAUUGCAAAAUUGUAAAGAAAUUAGUUUUCUCCUACACACCCACAAGUUCAUAUAUGAGUGGUCACAAAAAUUGCAUAAAGUGUAGUC